UGACACACGAAAGCUAAAGUUAGAUUAGUAAAUAAAAACUAAACAAUUAACACUAGUAAUGUUUGUUUUUCGUUUCUACACAAUUGAAUGAAAAUAAACUAAUAAAGUUUUAGAAAAAUGUUUACAUACGACGUUAAGUUUUUAACAAGCGACGACUUAAUUUAUUUAAAAAACAAUGACUUUAAAAGUUAUAAAUAUGAAAGUAAGAAGAAACUUGACGAAUCUAUACAUGAUAUAGGAAAAAGAAGUUAUUGUGAAAGACGAGGAGGUUAUUGGCGAUCACCGAGGCCGCGCCAACUACGACAAUUAGAGUCGAAACUUCGUGACCGAAAUAUAGUUUACUGUGAAUGGGCUAACGAAUCCCUUAUUGUGGUUGUAUUUUCGUCUGGUGUCAUAGCGUACGUUACAGUAAAAUAUAGCACCUUAGAUGUAACACAAAUACUGUUCGAUAGAUAUUGUAUUGGAAAAAUAAACAGUCAAGCAGUCACUGGUGUUGUUUUAUGUAAGAAACUCUUAUUAUUAAUACAUAUGGACAAAGUGGCGACUUUGAUUACCUUUGGAAAAAGUAUAGACAAUGAUAUGCCCUGUCAGAUAUCAGAUAGAGAUCCACACUUACAAAUAUUAGACCUUGGUGGAUGUGUACGAAAAGUUGAUCGUAGAGUUUCUUCAUGUGAGAGCUCAAAUUAUGUGAGGGUACUGAUAUGGGGAGCCACUGUAUCAGAACCAGCACCCUGGAGUCCUGUGCUUGAAGAUCAUGCUAAUCUCCAUUUAUACCAAAUUAUCGGCCAUCAAGUAUCACUAUUAGCAUACCACCAAUUAGAGAAAGAAGUGUUAUUUGCAGAACUCUCACAUAAACAUGAUCAUAUUAUUCACAUUGUUGAACAAAUUGCGUGUCACAAGACAGGAGCAAGUUUAGUUUGGCAUAGAUACGAACUACCGCAAGGGAGCAAUAGAAUGACAAAAUUAUCUUCACUUCAUGAAAGUACAAUUAAAGUGUCAUUGCCUGCUCCAGCUCGGAUAGCGAGGCGGUCUCCAUGUGAUAUUAGAAUUCUAGUAGCUUGUAUUGACGCUUCCAUACAUGUGGUGCACAAUGUUGCUGGACUCACCCAUUCUACCAAAGCCGGCUUUAUAGCGACAGAUGUGCGCUGGGCGGGCGAGCUAAUAGUGGCAGCUGAGGAAGCUGGUCGUCUGCAGUGCUUUGAUCGUGCCCUGUCUCUGCUGCAUCACCACUCCAAAUGCCUCGACCUCACGUCUUAUAUGCGUGAGUCAAAACGCGUACAGUUACUGGCGACACAAAGUCGUAGAGGGGGGUCGCUUAUUCUAGCGACGCUCGCCGGAGGACCGCUGGUGCUGCUGCGAAUAACUCACCCGCGUUUGUUAAAUGCGUGGAUCCGCUCGAAGCGUUUCGCGAACGCGGUGAGCCUGCUGCGCGCGCUGGAGUGGGGCGAGGCGGGCGCGGCGUGCCUGAGCGCCACGCGCGCGGCCGUGCGCGCGGGCGGCGCGGCGGGCGCGCAGCGAGCGUUGGGCGCCUUCCUGGCGCCGCCCGCGCCGCUGCCCGCCGCCGCGCUCCGGUACGCGCCCGCCGUGCACGACCUGGCCAGGAAGUUCUUCCACCACUUGCUGAGGCGUGGUCAUAUAGAAAAGGCUCUCAGUCUAGCCGUAGACCUAGAGGCUUGGGACCUGUUCUCCGACGCGCGUUGGGCUGCCAAGAGACUAAACAUGUCACACCUCGCUGAGGAAGCUGCUACCUGUGCCGCUUAUUAUGCAAAAUUGAAUCAACCCGAUUCAGAAUGUUCAGAUUCCUGUUCACAGUGCAGCUCGCAUUCAUAUACCGGUUCAGAAGAAGAAUCCAGUACAUCGUCUAAAGCGAUUAAAACGAACCCACCACCAUUACCGAGGGUGUCGUUACCAUCUCACCAGUCAAUACUAACAGUGCCUAUAAACCAGAAUGACACAUACACGACCAACAGUAUUCGACCUAACCUUCACCAAUAUUUAGAGAGAGACAGUACAAUUUGGGGUAAAAAUGUCCAGGAUGACUCAUACAUUAGUAACAAUAGCAAGCGAGAAAUUAUAAAACCCAUUCAUUCUCAAAAUAUGAGAUGGAACAGUAUGGACAACGUAUUAAAUAUUCAAAGAACCAUUAAAAAUUCGUCAAGCUAUGGGACAUUACGUGCGAACCCGGGUAACGGUCUGUUAGAGGUCAUACAACGUUCACAAGACGAAAGAAUAUCGGCUCACUUCAGACAUUUGUUUCAAACAGAAUUGAGAGAAGAGACAAGUAGUGGUCAAUUUUCAUCCAACGUGCCAUCGACCAAUAGUAAUUUCAACGAACGAUACCGGCAAGAUAACUUUUGCACGGGAGUUAAAUCUGAAAAGAAUAAAGUGAAAUUUUCAGAUACAGUGACCAUCGCCGUCGUUCCCAAACACCAAACGCAGGAGAGGCCUGGGCCGGACCCGUCUCACGAGCUGGCGGACAGCUUGCCGCUGUGCGCGCCGCACCGCUACCUCGCCGCCUUCGCGCCGCACGCGCCGCCCGCCGCGCCGCCCGCCGCGCGCGCCGCCCCGCCGCCCGCGCCGCCCCUCGCUCCGACCGAGAAUGCUACCCCGAAGCCGUUAAAAAUCAAAGUCGUCCAUUUUGGAAUGGUGUAGGUUGUUAUGUCAAUAGUGGUAAUAAAUUAUUAUCUUAAAUCUUCCGUCCAUUUAUUGCUAUAAGCUUUAAAUUUGUUUUAUGUUUAUAAUAUAAAGAAAAUAAUGUAUUUUACUAUCAAUAUUUACACCGUGAUUACCUCUUCUAGUAUAAGGAUCUAAUCCAGCGAUACUCGACCUUUUCUUUAUAGAGGUAACAAACACGUGUUUGUCAUGGUGUCGAGGGGCGCAAACAUUUAUCGCAUUUUAACAUUUUUUUAUCAUUUCGUGACGUUAAAACACUUUGAAGUGUUCGCCACACACAUUUGUUUAAUUCAAAUAAUUAAGAUGUUAGUAAAAAACCUUUGAAAUUAAAAAUAGUUUAAAAUAAAGUAACAUCAAGUGGGCCGCAUGUUGAGUACCGCUGAUGUAAUACAUCUCUGUUUUUUUCCUAAAAAGUAUGCAAAUAGUGACAUGACAGAUUUUUGGGAAUACUUGACAGUCAAAGCACCAUCAACCCACAUGUAAAAUUUUAACUUUAAUGUUAACUGUUUGACAGGCUUAAUUUCGAAAAAAUGUUGUUUAUGCCUAUUAUAUAAUAAAACCAAGUCUUCCAAUGUCUUGUUAAGUUUAUCUAGAUAAGGUUAAGUAUAUAUAAAACAUAUUUUACACCGAGCUGCCAUAUAAACCAUCUUAGGUAAAAUGUACUAUACAUUUUAAGAUUUUAUAGUACUUGUUCUGACCAAAUUUCGAACUGGCCAUUCUCAGAAGAAAUAAGACACAAUAUGCGCGCAGAAACUAGGCAGUGCUAAGUCGAAAAUACUAUUUUUCGUUCUCAUAAGUUGAUGAAAUGCAUUCGACUUAAGUACAUCUUUCUUCUGAGUUCUUGAUCACGGUGGUAGGUAUAUAUACUACUAAAUACCUACCAUUAUAUUAACGGUGGGUGUAAAAAGUAUUACAAAUACUUUUUACUGCU